AUGACACCCAGGCUGUUUCUUGUUCACUGCAGCCAGGAUUUGUCCAUGGAGACCUCUCUAUAUGAGAAGAGAGUCCAGUGGGCGGACAGUUUUUGUUCUGGCAACAUCUGUGACAGGGCCAGCUUCUACUCUGCCAUCAAGCUGAUCCAGUCCAUCAAGGCCACCAAGGACUACCCGGGCAUGGACAAGGUGCCCAUUGUGAUUGUGGGCAACAAGAGGGACCUAAAUCACAGACGGACAGUCCUCAGUGAGGAGGGCAGAAUGCUAGCCCUCACAACAGACUGCCAGUUCUAUGAGCUUUCAGCUGCUGAGAACUACCACAGUGUCCUCAUGAUGUUUUACGGCCGAAUAGACAGGAUAUGGGAGUCCUUGUCUGCCAUCAAGAAGCCAGCUGGAUUCAUGGGCAUAGUGAAAAGAAUGUCUGCAGAUUUUUCCCCGAGAUUCGCUGUGAAAGCAUUGUAUACCAGAGAUGGGCAACUGCGGAUCAAUUUCCAAAAAUGA